AUGGAACACCUCCCAGUGCAUUUGGCUUAUGAAGCAUGGAUUGCUGGUCCUGUGCAAUAUCGGUGGAUGUAUCCAUUUGAGAGCAUUUUUGUUAAUGAGUUACACGUGGCCAAUCCAAAUAUCAAUGAUAAACAAGUUGAUGAGAAACUAGAGUGUGAAUUUGAUAAGUGGUUCAAUAAAUAUGUUCACAAUCCCUCCAACAAUAUAUCAAGCCAGUUUUUAAAGGAUCUAUCAAAGGGUCCAUUAAGAAGUGUUAUGUGCUACAAUAGUUCUGUAGUUAAUGGUUAUAAAUUUCACACUAAAGGUUAUGGUUCGCAUAGGGCAAAGAUGAACAGUGGGGUAUGUAUCAAGGGGACUAAUUACAGUACCAAUGAAAGUGACUACUAUGGACAAUUAAUUGAAGUGCUACGAUUGGAGUACCUUGGAUUACCAAUCAAAAGAACUGUAUUGUUUAAAUGUGAUUGGUUUGAUCCAACACCAAAUGUGGGAACAAAGAUUCAUCCAAAAUAUAAACUUGUGGAUAUUAAUCAUAAAAGAUCCUUCAAUAGGUAUGAACCAUUUGUUCUUGCUAUCCAAGCUGCUCAGGUGAAUUAUUCCAUAUAUCCAAGCUUAAAACGUGACAAGGAUGAUUGGUGGGCUGUGUUCAAAAUCAAAGCGAGAUCUGUUAUUGAUCUUCCUGAGCAAGUGAAUGUCACAACCCCCCCUGCACGGGAAGAACCAUUUCAAGAAGAUGAAAUGGAAGUCCCUUUGAUUCAAAUUGACGAUGAUUAUGAUCAACAACAAUACUUGAAUGAUCAAAACGGUGUACUAGUUGAAAUUAAUGAAGAGGAUGUUGAAGAUGAAGAAGAGCUUGAAUUGGACUCAGAAAGUGAUGAGGAAUGCGAUGAUGUAUAUGAUAGUGAUACUAAUUAGAAUUAGGAUGCGAGGCAACGGUCGCAAGGGAGGUUUGUUGGGUCAUUCACAGUCAAGGCAGUUACCUGUGCAGGAUGAGCCCAAUGAUCAACUAGACCAAUCUACACAGGGUCAGCCUCAGGUUCCUUCACGAUCCACUGGGAGGUCGGCACCAGAUCCAGAGGGGUCUACUGCUUCAACACAGCAUCGAGCUACACCUCCAC